AUGAUUGCCGGUUACAGUGCGGACGAAGGGUUCGACGGCACUUACCCAACGAACGUCGUCGUGAAGAACAAUGGGACCUGCUUAUACGUACCGCCCGGAAUAUUCAAAAGCACUUGUAAGAUAGACAUUACCUGGUUCCCCUUUGACGAUCAGCGCUGCGAGAUGAAAUUCGGCUCUUGGACGUACGACGGCUUUCAGUUGGACCUGCAACUGCAAGACGAGGCCGGUGGUGACAUCAGCAGUUUCAUCACCAACGGCGAGUGGGAUCUGUUAGGUGUGCCCGGUAAAAGGAACGAAAUUUAUUACAAUUGCUGCCCAGAACCGUACAUAGAUAUAACGUUCGUGGUUAUCAUCAGAAGGCGGACGCUUUAUUACUUCUUCAACCUGAUCGUGCCGUGUGUCCUGAUUGCCAGCAUGGCCGUUCUGGGAUUCACCUUGCCACCGGAUUCCGGCGAGAAACUUUCUCUAGGGGUAACCAUUCUUUUGUCCCUUACUGUGUUCCUGAAUAUGGUGGCCGAGACAAUGCCAGCGACUUCGGACGCCGUGCCUCUUCUGGGGACGUACUUCAACUGUAUUAUGUUUAUGGUGGCCAGCAGUGUUGUCAGCACCAUUCUUAUUUUAAAUUAUCAUCAUCGGAACUCUGACACUCACGAAAUGUCCGAAUGGGUGAAAGUGGUAUUCCUUUAUUGGCUGCCUUGUAUACUUCGUAUGUCACGACCAACCGAUAAAGAAGAGAGGGAGGCGCAAAAGUCUCAAAAACCGUCUCCAGUCACCGGUGCUAGCAAAAGUCACGGUGACCUGGAGCUUCGUCAGAGGAGCAGCAAGUCCCUCCUAGCGAAUGUCCUGGAUCUCGAGGACAACGCUCUGGCGUCACACAAUAAUCUCCUGAAUAACGUGUACAGUACCCCUGGUCCUCACCAUCAUACGAUGGGUCACGGGCACAGUCACAUUCACACGACGCCUCAUCAUCAUCACAGCCACGCUGCAACGCCGCAUCAUCAACACUCGACGCCAUUGGCACACUCCUCUUAUCCGGCGGCGCUUCAGAUUGGUCACACGCCGCAUCAUCAUCCGCAUCCACCAGAUACGCCAGGCCCUCAGGUCGAAACGAUACUGCAAAACGCGUGUUUCUGUGCCCGAAACGAACUCAUUAUGAUCCUCAAAGAAAUUAAGAUAAUCACGGAUCAGCUGAAGAGCGAGGAGGUGAACACAAAAGUGACGAACGACUGGAAGUUCGCGGCGAUGGUGAUCGACAGAAUGUGCCUAAUCAUUUUUACUCUGUUCACCAUCAUCGCAACCAUCACCGUCCUACUGUCGGCGCCGCACAUCAUCGUCACGUGAUUUAAAAAAGUACAGACAGCCGACUCAAAACAUCGGCGGUCGACGAGGAUCGUGCGUUGCGCAUCGGUGCGGACGGCGAGGAACGCGAACACGACCACGACGACGAUGACUACUACGAUGACGACGAUGACGACGACGACGACAAUGACGAUGACGACUAUCACGACUUGUUCCAUGCUAGGAUUACGCGAACAACGUUCACAACGAUGUUUCUCCUACGCUUGGAUGUCCAACUGAUCGGAAGUCGAGCCUCAGAGUCGUGUGUUACGCCUGGUUUCGAGUUUCGGGUGAUCCGCACCGUUCAUAGGAAGAAAACGAUACGAGGACACUAGGCUCUUCCUAUUAUCUACGAUAUACGCGCUACAUGUAUAUAUCUACGUAUUUAUAUAUCGUACAUAUAUAUAUAUAUAUACGUACCUAUAUAUACAUCUCGUCAGGUGGUUCAUUCGAAGUGGACGCCUUAGCGAGAGACACGUUGAAAAUGCGCCUACACAGGCGCGUUAAAGGGACACUGACAUGCGUGCGUGCGCGCGCGCGCGGCGCUCCUACACGUACACGCGAACCGCAUACGAACACGUUGGCCACGCCGAGGUAUGUGCAUCCCUGGCAUUUGUUGUACAACGAUAGGAGUGGAACGCGGACAUUCGAGAGCUUCGAGUUCCUUUCGGUUCGAGUUGACGCGAUUUUUCGCGGGGAAAAAAAAUUGUGUAUUUUUGCGACGCGGCGACGGGGGUAAACCCGCCGCGCCGCGCCGCGCCGGCGCAGCGAAUGCAGUCUACAUUUUCUCUCAUAUUUUUGUCCUUAGUUUUGUAAUUUUCAUCCAACCUUGGAUUCAUGUUCGAUUCGUACAUAUACUAUAUAUAUACGUAUAUUCAAUUUUCCCUAUUAUUAAAGAUUACCGUCUUCGGUUAAGCUGUCGUUAUUUCGAUAUCCAUUUCUUGCCGCUCUGAAAGUAGAAUGGCCCACAAAAUGGACGAAAAAAAAACCAAGAAGAAAAAUUGUCCCUAGUUCGAGUACCAAUUUCAAGCGAAAGAGAUUGCCAUUUAUUUCAUCGCAUCGUCGAAACGGUUCUGUUCUUUGACACAACUGUUUUUCUCAAAAUCGCGCGACGAACUGUUUGAGGGUAAAAUUUGAAUGAAAACGCGCUCGUCUUUGAAACACGCUUCAGCAAUCGUUGCAUGGGAUGCAAAUAAAUCUGCGUAUACGCGCGUGAAACGAACAUGCUUACACAUACACGCACAUGUACACGCAAUACAUACGCAAGAGACAGAAUAUAAAAACAUAGAGCACCGUCAAAGCGUUUGAAUUUGUUAAAGAGUAAAUCGAGUUGCCCGGUACGGUCCACGACCACGAAACGAUUUUUCGUUUGAUUCUCGUAUGACCGUACCGGAAUGUCAUGGAAAUACGAGUGACAGGGAGAGAAAGAGAGAGUGAGAGAGGGAAAUUGAGAAAAAGAGAGUGAGAGUGAGAGAGAGGGGGGAGGGAGAGAGAGAGAGAGAGAGAGAGAAACACAAAUGAAAGAAAUAAAGGCUAAAGAAGGGUGUACUGCUCCUUUUGUUGUAAUUGAAAGAGAGAGAGAAAGAACGAGAUAAGGUAAAAAGAAGGAAAUAGACGAACGAGAAUACACGAUUAAAAGCAAAGCGCACACGUUAAUAUUCUGAAAAACUAAAAAACCAACAAAAAAAGGUAAAAAAAAAAAAGAGAAUAAUAAGUAAAAAUAAUAACUACACACAAUGAACUGCCAAGAUGUUUCAAAACAAUGCCAGUGAAUUUUAUUAUCCGUAUCACUAGUAAGUAAAAUCGACGACAACUUAAAUAAAACGGGGGAUUUAUACUAUGAUUAUAAGGUGGCGUGCGACAGCGCGGCGUUUAAAGCAAAAGAAAAAAAAUAAAAUAAAAUACUGUUCUUUGUUAGCUCCUAAGAGAAAUCCGGCGUAAGCGGAAAGGGAGAGAGAAAGAAAGAGAAAGAGAGAAAGGGAGAGAGUGAGCGAGAGGAAGAGAGAGAGAGAGAGAGAGAAAGAAUGAUAACAUUGCGGGCAUAUGAAUGACAUCAGAUAAAGUAAUGACGAUGAUGACGAUUGACUUUUACAAUUAGCGCAGCAUCUUUCUUCAUUUUUCGCGUUUCUUUCCCUUUUUAUCAGCGGACAUCGUUGUCCCUCUUGUCUACACGCUUGUACAAGCGCGUGCACACACACACACACACAUAUACACACACGCUCUCUCUCACCAAUACAUCGACACUUACACACACAUCACACGCGUUGAAUCUUACACAACCACCCUCACACGUCUUACACAUCUUACUAACGUUAACACGAGACGAACAUACGUUCACAAGCAAAAACUUUUUCGAUCUAACGUUCCAGAGGGUCAGGAUUUUGCAUCGUCGAGACUCUCGCGAGACUUGUUCGUUGAACUUGAGUUUCGCCAGCCCGGGAAGCCAAGCGUUCUCCUGUCAGAAUCGGAUCCGCGACUCGCGACACACGAUUCGAAAGCAACUCCAAGCUGGUUGGUUAACUUGUACGUUAAUUUCUUUUUUUUUUUUUUUUUUUUUUAAGCCGAGUCGCCCUCGAAAGAAGCGAAUCCGGUUCCAGGUGCUGUUUUCUUCCGUUCAGAACUGAACGCGGAGUCUCCUCGAACGAUCGCGCAAUCGUCUGAUCCUUGAAAAUAAUCUCUUGCUCUUCGACCGCACGCUAUUCGCCCUAAAUGGCCAAAGCAACACAACAUUUGCAGUUUCGUCUGUGAAGGUACCUACCCCCACGUCGGAUUAUCCGUCAACGGACGCACGACAGUUCCGAUCUGAUUUUUGCUGUUUUUCGCUGCAAAGUGGAAUUCCUUUCCUACAAAAAUAUAACAUUGCGAUAAUAAUAACGUUCGGAGAAAUUGACAGUUGAGAAGAAUAAUUGAAAAAUUAUUGUUGUCCAAUGCGUAUCGAAACCUACGAUAUGAUCAAGGGAAAGAUAUUUUGGUUCUAUCUAUCUAUAUAUAUAUAUAUAUAUAUAUAUAUAUAAACGAACGAAUUAAUCUCGUUAAUUGCAUUAAUAUGCGUUAAUUAGGAAUUGCGCUUGAUGAAAUUUCCUAUCGAACGUCGCGCUUCGUUUCAUUUCGUAGCGAAUUCGUUUGUUUCCGAAACGAUAGGAUGACGAAACCUGAUUUUACCAAUGCCUGGUACAUAUUUUUCGGAACUGAAGCUAUUUCGCCAGUAACUGACCAAUAAGUUGGCUAAUAAACGCGCGUUCGUCGUUCGUCCGUGGUCCGAGCGUCUCGUCGGCGAAUUUCCCCGCUGGCCUCGAGUCUAGAAACAGGAAACAUUUUAGUCAAUAUAUAUACGAAUGCUCAGUACUUGAUACGAUAUUCCAUUUAAUACUUCAACUCGGUGGCAAGGCUCGGGAUUCGAGAUUCGUGGACGCUCAGACAAACGAACGAACGAACGAAUGUUUGCUGGGAAACAGGAUUUCCUUUGCGAGCUCCAAGAGUCAGUCGUUUCCGUUGUUCUUCAAGCAAACGCUUAGGUUUCACGCUUCGUUACCUCGUUGAUUUCAAUAACUCGACAACUUUCUUUCACUAUCUAGCUUACACUGGAACAACGUGGUGCUAUAGAUCUGUUGUAUAACCAAACCUCAUUACAGUUCGUUACGUUACGCUGCGUUAUGCUAUUGACAUUGUGUACAGCUUGUUUACCAUGCAGUCCUUUUUAUACGUAAUAAAUAAAUAAGUAAGUAAGUAAGUAAGUGAGUAAGUGAGUAAGUAAGUAAAUAAAUAAAUAAGAAUAAGUAAGUAACUAAGUAAGUAUACAAGUAAGUAAACAAGCGUAAGUAAUAAGUGAUACUCCUCGAGAUAUUGGAAAGUUAGUUUUGUUAUUUUCUCUGAAAAAUUGACACUAACGCGAAUUAUAGAUGACGUUGUUUUACAAAAAAGAAAUCGACGUUGUUCCAAUGUGACAGAUGGCCAAUUAGCAGCGCACUGUCUAUGCAUACUUAGCCUAGCCAUAUAACACACGCACCACGACACAAGUUUCCACGACUUCGUGUGGUCAAAACGCUCGGUUAAAAGCAAUCUUUAGACACAGGAAAAUUUAAUCGUAACUUCCCCAGUGUUUAACACGAGCACGAGGCACGUUGAAAGAACCAACCUUUAGCUCCCUUAGAGCAACGUAAUUUAUUCCUCUCGCGAAACACAACAGAAAAUUGAAGCUCAAAAAUCUAAAAAGAAAAAAGAAAAAAAAAAGAAAGAAAGAACAGAAUUGAAGGAGACGCGCAUUCUUGGUUGACUGUGUUAAUCAAACAGAAACUGAAUAAAUAUUUGACAAUUAAAUUAAAUUAAACGAGGAAGCUUGUUAUCGCAAGUAAAAAAAGAAGGGAGAAAAUAGAAAAAAAAAGGGAGAAACAUCGGAAUCUCGUUAACGGAUAGUCACGCAGACGGGUUUUGUUAAACGUAUAGUAAAACGAAAACGAGAAAAAAGAAAACAAAACGAAAAAAAAAAACUAUAGCACGUUUUUGGCCAUUGGCAUCGACGCGACAACCAAUCAUGUUAUCUUUUAAAUACUAUUAUAACGGUUACGAAAUGAUAAUUAAAAAAAAAAAAAAAACGUUGUUAAUGAUGUUAAAGGAACGAUUUAAAACGAAAAAUAAUAAUAAUAAUAAUAAUAAUACGUAGAGGAUAUAAACUAUAAUCGAUCACGCUUCGAUUGGUGGAAUAACCAUUCUCGAUCUUUUAAAUCAACUAACUAAUUAAACUAAUGAAUUUAAAUUUAAAGCACUUAAUGGUUCGCGCCGGAGGGUUUCGUUAGAAUACAAUAUUACGUAGGGAAGACAAAAAGAAACAUGUUAUAAAAAGAAAAAAAAGACACAGGUUAUUUCAAGUGAGUGUCGUUAGCGAAGCAAAAGAAUCGCGGAAAAGAUGGCAUUAACAAUCGGAGUUCGGCAUGUAAAUGCAAACGAUGUCGAUUUGAACUGAAAAAAAUAUGAAACGAAAUAAAAAAUAAACAAAAAUAAACAAAAACGAAAUAAAUACAAACAAAAAAAAAAAAAGAAAGAAAGAAAGAAAGAAUGGAAGAAAAGAACAGAAAAGAAGAAAACGUAAUAAUAACGACCGAUACGAUAAACUAUCUUGUUUAAAUACGCCACGGAUACGGAAACGAUGAUUUCGUUUCGCGAUGGAAGAAUCCUCCCUCCAACAGCGUUUCCUUUUUCUUAGCGACAAUUGCAAAAUCAAAGGAUGCCCAAUCGCUGAACGAAACGCGACCGUCCGUGGUUGUUAAUUCCUGUUUCUUUUCCGCAACCACGUUUGCUGUAGUUCAAGUUGGUGGAAAGAGUCGCAUGGCGACAACUUAUCGUUAAAACGCGACCGAUUCGAGCCAGUUCGUCGGCCAAUUUGACUGGCCUUUUCGAAGCAACAUUCGAGAAUUCAUCUUCAACGCCGUGUAUAUCGAGAUCAUUCAAUUCGAAACCUAUAUCCAGCGUCUAGAAAUCGAUAUCGACAGCGUCAGAUUGUACUUGAAAAUACAAAAGAAUUGAUUCCCAUAGCUUUUUUGGUCAAACGCCAGUUCCGAGUUCGGAGAUUAUUGUAACUUUGUCAGUUAUAGCGUGUAACGAGAUUUUUGUCGAGCAAAUUGUUUCCGCGCAGCGACGGGGCUGAAAUUACUAUUAAAAAAANAAAAAAAAAAAAAAAAAAAAAAAAAAAAAAGAACUGCGUAGGAGGAAAGAGCAUUAUCCGUUUUAUAAUUAAAAUUAUAAUUUGUUUUACGAGCGUUAACAUCAAAGUUUAUGCGUGGACGUGUACCAUUUAUAGCCAGCUGGGAAAGCUGCCGUAAAAAUUGGUUGAAAAUGAAGCAAUUCAGCGGACAAUAUCGUUGGAUAAGUUAAUCAAAUUGGCCUGCGAACGGAUCGGAUUCGUUUCACGUCGCGAGCCGCGUCGAACGACGCUUCCACUUUUAAUCGUAUUUAAACGCGUUAACGUUAAGCGAGCAAACGCUGAUUGUUAACGGAGAAUUAACAUCCAGCCUCUCGAUAUUACUCGUUAUUGAUUAGUUCUUACGCGAGCGUGAAAAAAAAAGAAGAAGAAGAAGAAGAAGAAGAAGAAAUAAUAAUUAUAAUGAUAAAACUAUUCGGGAAUAUAAUCGUAUAACGUAAUAGACACGCCGAAUUCGUCGCGUGCUGCGAAAUCUUGCGAUUAGUUAGUUAGAUUAUUUAAUCUAACGGGCGACUGGUGGUCGAUACCAAAAGAGAGGAAGAAGGAAAUGUUAUAAUACGUGUGUGUACGUAGACUUUCUCGCGGAGGAGAACGGCUGAGAAGAAGGGGGGAGGGAACGCAGCCCGCAUUUAAAAGAAGUUGCAACGUUCUAGCGAAGAGAAGUAAAAAAAAAUAAAAUAAAAUAAAAUAAAAUAAUUUAAAAAUUAAAAGCGAUAAUUGCUGUUCGAUAAUUAAGAAUUACUUGUUCUGUGAAAAAGAAAAAAAAAAUUUACUUGUUAUCACAUAUCGAAGUUAAGUUGGAAUUCGAAACCGAGUUGCUCACUGAACAAAAAAAAUAAAAAAAAAAAAAAAUAAAAAAAAGAAAUAAAAAAAAAGAAAAGAAGAGAGGAGAAAACGAAGAAAAAAAUAAUUAAAUGAUCCAAAGAGAUAUACCGAAGAAAAAAAAAAGACGAGAGUGAAAAAUAACGAGGAGAAGAAGUAUAAACUAAAUUCGUUGCUCACGGAUGCUCAUUUAUUGUUUUUAUCCAGCGCGGUCCUAACGUUUACGAGACGUCGUAGGCCGGAUGCUUAGUGAGAGUAAUUAAUGUUCGAGUGUACUACUUUCAACUAUCACGCUCAACGUUCAAGCAUUUAAGCUGUUCACGAGAUUCAGGGUCUUAGAGAUUAAUUACACACAAAAAAACGGUAGAGAAAUUAUCGAAUCGUUAAAAACUAAAAAUGAAACAAAACAAACAAAAAAGGAAAAAAAAAAGAAAAGUAACCAAAGAAACGAAAAAUUAAGCUAAUUCGAAUUACAAAGAGAAUAAAACAGUAGUAGAGAUAAAUAGAUGUGCAGACAUCGGGAAAAGGGAGUGUUUUCGUUCACGUUUCGGGGAUCUUUUCGUUUCGAUCGUUCUGUUUCGAGGGAAAUACAGGAGAAAGAGUACAGAGUAUAAGAAAAAAGAAAAAAAAAACGAUAAAAAUAAGGAAGAAAGAUAAAAUGAUAUUUAAGUUCAGACGGAUUGUGACGACCCGGUUUUUUCUUCUUCUUUCUAUGAUAAUCGUGUCAAUGAUUAUACCACACGUAUCACAGAGUGAUUUUAAUUGCACGUGCUGCCGAAAUGUUUCCACUUUCUUCAACUCGAUGAAAGAAAACGAAAGAGAGAUAGAGAGAGAGAGAGAGAGAUUUUUUCAGAGGAAAAGAAUAUAUCGCGCGACAUAAAUGUCGAACGCGAGUAAAACCCAAGUACACUUUUACGCGCGUGAUCGAGCGAUGUCACGGCUAUAUAAAAAAAAGCGGUUCGUCGUGCUUUUUGAAAAGUCGCUCUUAAAGCCAGACUAGAAUCCUGUCUUAAAUUUCUGACGAGCAUUUUCCCUGAUUGAAGUAAUACAUUUUCUUCCACCUUUGUCCGUUGCGUUCGAAAGAUUUCUCUGAAUGAAUUCAAAGAAAAUAUCUUCUCCUUCAAGUUUAUUCUCGAUUCCCUUUAGGAGGGAAAAUUUAUUCUACUUCAUUCUCAAGUUGUUUUUCAAAAGUUUCCCAAAAGUAGAAUGAAACGUCAACUUUUCGUCGGCAAGCAAUCUGUUUUUUUUUUUUUUUUGGCGAAACAAGUUACGCGAUAUUUGAAACAAUGACAUCCUCGUACGUUUGAAAAUGAUAGGCUUGCAACGAGCCGGGUUUCUGUUUCGAAAAUGAAUCGAGAAAUAGAAGGAGAAAGCAGGGGAGGGAAGGGGGUAAAGGAGGGUAAACGAAAGAAGCGAAAUUUACAGAGAAAUAACGCAAUUUGCGCCUUCUAAUUAGAAAAAAAAGAAGAAAGAAGAAAAUAUAUUAUAUAUAUACAUAUAUAUAUAUAUUAUAUAUCCAUACAUACCUACAUGUUAAACUCAGCUUGUCACACGCGGGUUUGUCAUUAUAAACUAUUAAUCUUAUAAUAAUGAAAAUUAAUAAUAACGGUAAAAUCACUGGGGUGAAGGGGAGAAACAAUGAUAAUAUUAAUAAUAAUAACGUUAGUACUAACACCAUUAAUACUGGUAACAAUAAUAAUUAUAAUAUAUAUAAAUAAAUGAUAGCGUAAUGGUAACGUAUAUUAAUUCUCCGCCUGUACGAAAUGUUGAAGAUUUUUUUCUUUCUACGACGUUAUUAACGCGUAACUAAGACGACUUCUAUGAAGAAUCGUUUCCAGUGACGAACAAAACAGAAAAAAAGGGAAAAACUAAAAAAUUAAAAAAAUGGAGAUAUUAUAUAUGGUUAACAAGAAAUUUAAAGAAAAUAAAAAAUGCAUUAAAGGUUGGUACGCUAUUAGAAUCAUAGUAGCGCAUAUGUACAGGGUGAUGCGAUUAACAUGUAUUCGGACUUUGAUACGGCGUGCGAUUUUUCGAGUGUCUUCGGGUAUAUGCGAAUGAUGCAGUUGAGAAUUAAAAAAAAAAGAAAAAAAAAAGAAGAAGAAGAAAGAAACAAAUAUCUCGAGAUAAAAAAAAAAAAAACGAAAAAAAGUAAACGUAGAGUACGAAACGGUACGAUGUUAAAUUUAGAAAGGGGCUAACCUUCGUCGAUCGUUUUUGCGCCUUUUCUUUUCAACAAUAAAUUACGAUAGCAAUAUAAAAUUCGGCGCGAUGUAAAAGACUUGUUUCAAAGCUAACAUAUUAUUGGUUGUUAUAAUGCAGAUUAGACUGAACGAACUUGGCUCUUGGUAAUUAAAUCAGACCGAAUUCGAUUCGAUUGGAAUCUUUGGAUUGGCUGAUGAAGGAUCGAUUUCUACGUUGCUUUGAGGUUAAAGAGGGAAACGUCACCUCCACGUUGUGAAAGUUUCUUCCAAGAUCCAAGUACGUAUAUUCCUGCGUCAACGUUGCCUUAACCACGAAAAAAGAAAAAAAAAAAAACCUUUGAAAGAUGAACUCGAUCGUCUGAAAGAAACGCCGCUUUCCGAACAAUGGUUCAAUUACAGUCAACACUCGAAACGUCAGUUAGACGUCGGAUGCAAGUUUCGUCGACGAGCAGCCCCUUUCGGAUCGUUUUACUUGGAAAAUAAGAAAAAAAAAAAAAAUGGGAGGGGGGAGGGGAGAGAAACGGGGAGAUGAAAGAAAAGAAAUGAAAAUCGAAAAGGGAGCGAGAAGUCAGUUUCAUCGGCCAUGGGAGACCUUCCCUCCCCUCCGUACGUUGUAGUCUUUUACUCGACUCGAUUUAAUUAAAUCCAAGCAUUUUAAGGAACUUAUUAAGGUAACCGAUUAGAAAUAAAACUGACAAGAUUGCUCAUCGAGACACCGUGUCGUUUAUGUGUCACAAAGACAAUCCCCUCGGAACUUCAAAAGCGGACGACGAAAAUUGUUGAGAAGUUUGUUGAGAAAAAAAAAAAAGAAAAAAAGAAAAACGAACAUUUUUCUUCCCUCUCGAUGUAUAAUAUACUACCUCUACUAACACUACGAUAACCGAGAUAUCGAUAACUGUUUUUAGAUAAAAUUAAAGAAAUAAAAGAGAGAGAGAGAGAGAGAGAGAGAUCUUAAUCGUUGCGAACGGCGCGAGAGAAACGCCGAUUUACUUAGCCAAGAUAAAACGAGAGAGAGAGAGAGAGAGAGAGAGAGAGAAGAAAAAAAAGAUAAAAGAUGACGACUGUAGUCUGAGCGUAAUUUUAACGUGUAAGGUCUAUUAUACUAAUAGCACGUCAAAGUCUUCCGCAAUUAGUCUCCAAACAAGUAGUUACAAGACACACGAGAAAAACGAUGAUGCCAAGGCGCGCCAGACGACAUCAUUUUUCUUUUUGCAUCACUUUGUCUCCUUCUUUCCUCCUUUUCUCCUCUUUUUCUACGAUCAACGACGUUCGCUACCAACCAACUGUCGUUCCUCGUCUCAAGAAAGAUGUCUGGUGAUAGAUGUUCGAAACGUACUCACGUCGAAUGUCGCUCCUGAAUGCAAAGCGCCCCUCUGACGCCCCUCGGUUCCCUCGAACGAUUAUUAAAACGGAGUCCAGGGUUUCAUCGAUCGGCCGAUUGUGAUUUAAUUAAGGGAAACUUAAUGAAACGAUGGUUUCUCUCGAUGGAAGAGUGGCGUGCAACUCUUUCCCUUACAUUCGAGCACGAAACUGUGAAAGUACUGUGAUUGACGGAGAAUCAAAAUUGCAUUUGUCGAGUUUAAGAGACGCUCGUGUGAUUCAUUUUUGUACUGAAAAUAAGAGAGAGAGAGAGAGAGAGAGACGUCGUUGCAACAAGAAGAAAGAGAGAGAGAGAGAGAGAGAGAGAAAGAGAGAAACGAAACGAAGAAAAAGAAGAAAACGAAGAGAAGAAAUCAGAAAACGUUGUCGAAGAAACGUCAAAACGAAAUUCUCAGCGAUCCUUGUCAAAUAAAAUUGUGAAACGCGCUUCGUCGUCGUAGAUUCCAUUACGCUUUGUAAGUAGAAAACGCUUAGAGAGCGAAGAGAGGUGUGUAUAUUACGCUUUGUAAUUACUAAUUAAACGAAUCAUUUCCCGACGCGUUCGUCGCGUUUGUUGCAAACGAAGACACUCGAAAGAUCGACGGCUCUUUGUCCCAUUUUAACUAGAGGCCGCUCUUUAUAUGCGUAAAAAGAAAGAAAAAAAGAAAAAAACGAAAAAAAAAAAAAAAACAAGUAUACAGCAGGUCAGCCGAAA